AUGGAGAGUUUAAUGACAAGAGCCUUAGGAAUAUUAUGGGACCUUAAAAAAGACUCAUUCAAGUUCUCAAUUGAGCUCAAGGAUAAUCCAUUCACCAGAAGAGGAUUGUUAUCAACUAUCUCAUCAUUAUAUGAUCCCCUUGGGUUGCUCUCUCCAAUCAUCUUACCAGCCAAGAAAAUGUUACACGAAUUGUGUCAAGUUGAGAGUCUGGACUGGGAUGAGAGGAUUUCAGAUGAGCCAGCUGAAAGGUGGCAACAUUGGAUACAAGGUCUUCAUUUACUGGAGCAGCUUUCAAUACCAAGAUGCUUCAAGUCAAGUAGUUUUGGUAAUGUGACAAGUUCAAGUCUUGUAUUAUUCAGCGAUGCAAGUACAGUUGGUUAUGGUGUUGCAGCAUAUCUUGUUCUUCACGAUGGAAACCAAGUUCAGUCAAAUCUUGUCAUGGGAAAAUCAAGAGUAUCUCCCAAAAAGGUGGUGACUAUACCUAGGUUACAACUUACAGCUGCAACUGUGUCUGUCAAGGUUGCUCAACACAUCCUGAAGGAGUUGGAGUUUACUGUUGGCAAGGUAGUUUACUACAUAGAUUCAACAACAGUCAUUCACUACAUUCAUAGCAACACUAAAAGGUUCCCUGUUUUUGUAGCCAACAGAGUCAGGGUUAUAAGGGACUACUCUUAG